GCACCAGCUUUUAUACAAAAGACGAAGCAGGCGCAUCGCCGCUCAGUCUGCCCCACAUGAAAUUAUUAACAAGUUAUCGGGAAGUGGUUUUAAGGCGAAACCCAAACACCGACCUUCCUGUCGUCACUUUCGCCCUACUGUUCGAACCAAGCCAAAGUGCGACGAUACAGCUGACGACGUAAGUUCUCCAUCUGGCUUUCUGGAGACAGAAGGAUCUGAAAAUCCUCUUCCUUCGACGUCUGUAACCAACGGUAAGUUUGUUUGGGAAUGCAGAUAACUUGAUCUUUCAGUGAAUUAACUUGGUAUGUAUACAUGUUUAUUUUCCCAGUGGCGUAUUUUAAUAGCUGGGCUAUUUCAUUCACCUAUUCCCCUUUAUGAAUUUGAGUGAAGCAAACAACGGUUUCAGCCGAAUAAGAUAAUUUUGUUUCGUCCGUUUCUUGACAGCUGGAUACAGCCUGAAAAAUUAUUAGGCAUGUAUGCAGAGGGGUUUUAACGUACUUGUGAAGGCAAUAUGAUGUCAGUUUAUAGAAGGCUGUAAUCAUAAAUUGUACUCCAAGGCAUUUAGAAGACAAAUGCAUUAUUCAAAUUUAUCAAAGGGACUAAUUUUUCUAACUUAUAUAUAACUUUAAAAAAUCAGAUGCUUCGUUCAUUAACCUGCAAAGAAGAUUCCUAAUCAUUCGUUAAUGACUGGCUGCAUAUACUGUGAAUGAUAAAUUUUAGUUAGUUGAAAGCCUGGGUCAUAAUAACGUUUCCAAUCAGUUCAUAUUGUUAUUUGGUGUAACUCUGUAUCAUAAGCAUCCUGAUUCAUGAGACCAUCUUUAUUAUUUGUUAGCAUUUUGGACUUCUCCCUGUACAAGUGCUGGAAUUUAAACCGCUACUAAUUGAUGUGUAACAAGGAUGUGCUAUUCUGAUUUGAUAAUACUGUCUACCGUCAAGUAGAUGAUAUAGCUAUGGUUAAUCCACUAGGUCCUGUAUUAACAAACACCAUGUUUAAAUGUGCAAUCGACGAAACAGCUUAUCGUCGAUGUGUUGAUAACGCAUUCGUGACAGUGGAACCUAUGCAUCCUAUCUACUUGGACCAUUCAGUGAUACACAUGGAAAUAGUGAGUUUACUGUGGCACAUAAAGGUGAAAGAGCUGACUUCCUUCGGU